CCAUUUUAUUAUUUCAAGUAAAGUGGUCAGAUAGGUAGUCUUAAUGCUCAUAUGAUCAAAGCAAUCCAUUUACGCCGUCGAGUUGUGCGUGCAUACAGACAGCUACACUACAGAAAGUGGGCUAUUCUCAUAAGACAAAAAUACACAUGCAUGGGAAACAGUCCUGGCGGCCUUCGUCUUCUCAAAGAUGAAGAUUGUUCUUAUCAUGUACAACUGGGAAACUCUGUUGCGAUUGACUUGAAAAAAGAAGAGACCAAGGAAAAAUGUAAUGGAAUAAAGAGAAAGACGUGGAAAUUGUCAUACGACGUAGAUGGGUCAAACUGUGUACUCAACUUUACCAAGACCACCGGAGGAAAUCCAAAUGAUGAGGAGAUAGAGAUCGAGAUCGUGGAUUUGUAUGAAAACAAGAUCAUUGAUAAGAUUCAAGGAAAAAAUAUCAACGAUAAUAUUACACUAAAAUAUUCAAAUUGCUUUCGUGAUAGGAUAAGAAGAGAGGAAGCUGGUCUUUUUCAAGUAGAUACAUUCUCACGUGAGAUAGAACGCAAGAUCAAGAACAGCAGUAUUCGUCACUUGACGUCGCUAUAUACAAGAAAAAAUACAAAUGCAUGUGGUUUCGUAACGGAAACGACCGUUCACAUGUAUGGGUCUGGAACAAGGAAGGGUCUUCAUGUUAGGGAGUGGAAGAAAAAGAGAGGGGAUCAAAAUCCUUAUAUGGGGACAGUGGCUCACUAUUUUGCUUAUUUUAAAACUUGCGAUAGAACAGAUAUUGGGCUUUCUGUGGUCGUAAAGAUUAGAGUCUUGGAUGAUGGAACUUUGAAUUUUGAUGUGGAGGGUCCAAUCCAACACCCUUGUUCAGCAUUAUUUCACAUGUUUGAUGAAGUCAAUAGAACCAGGAUUUGGAAGCCUACAUCAUGUCCUCAUUGUGCUAAUAUUCAGAGGCAGCGUAACUUCAUGUUCUCUGACUCUGAAGACAGCGACAAUAAUAAUAAUCUUCCAGAAGCACGACCUCGUAGCCGAAACCAAGAUUCAGGAAGCUUUCUUGCCAAUGAUGGUGUGGUUAAGGGCAAUGGUAAUGGUAAUUUCACUGUGAAGAACCUUGUCUUAAAAGGAAGCUAAUUUCAGGUUAUGUAGUUUUAUGUUUUUAACUUUUUCAUACACAAAAUAACGAGGGAGUAUCCUUUGACAUCGGUGUCAAAUUUCAAAUUUGACACCUCAUCUAAGAGCGGUUAGAUAAAAAAAGAUCA